AUGUCGCUGAACUACGCUCUUGGAACGCCCCAGCGUCAUGACUGUUGCAACCCUGACCUUGAGCACCCGGGUGGGUCGCGGGGUGCUCGGCUCCGGCACCGCGGGGCGGGUCUGCGCUCGGCGCGCCAUGGCCCGGGCUCACCCGUGUCCCCUCAGGUGGCGCUGGGUUUCGUGGAAGGCAGCUGCGACCCCUCGGACCAGUGCCCGCCCCAGGCCAGCUGGAGCAGCCUGUGGCACGUGGGGCUUAUCCUGCUCACUGCCCUCCUGCUGCUGCCCUGUGGGGUCUCAGCCAGCUGUGUCCGAUUCUGCCACCUCCGGAAGCGGGCACACACGCAGCCACACCUGCCGCUGGCACCUGAGCCCUGCGACCUGACAGCCAUCCCCGUGGACAGUGACAGCCCGGUGCAUAGCACUGUGACCUCCUACAGCUCCGUGCAGUGCCCGCUGGGCAUGCAGCUACCCCUGCCCUUCGGGGAGCUGGACCUCAGCUCCACGACCCCUCCAUCCUACAGCCUGUACGCCCCUGAGCCGCCGCCUUCCUAUGAGGAGGUCGUCAAGAUGACGAAGACCAGACAGGAGGAGCCACCUCCCUCCCUGUAA